GCGGCUUGGUGACGUCUCGGUGCGCGACGGUGGCGGGUGAUGGCGGCGGCGCGGCCGGGCAGGCCGGCCCCGCCGGCGGGGAGCGCGGCCCGCGGUCCCCUCCACAAGCGGCCCUGGAGGCCGGUGUCGCUCCGCGGCGCCUUGGGGAGCGUCCAGGAGGGACAAGGAUUUGCAUUUCAGAGGAAACAAAAGAUCCAAAGAGAAUACAGAAAACUACUGAAAAGGGAAAGAAAAGCUGGGACACAACAGGAUAUUCAGUUUACCGACACAUAUCCAGAGCAUUUGAAACAUCUCUACCUAGCUGAAGAAGAGAGACUUAAGAAACAGUGCAAGGCUACAAAUGACUCAGUUUUGUCAGAAGAAAAAAUUAAUAAAGCAGUAGAGCCAGUUAUAACUGAAAGGAAGUUUAAGAAGAAAACGUCCAAUCAGAAGGCAAAAGAAGAGUAUGAGAAAAUAAAGGCUGAACGUGCCAAGAAGAAAGAGGAAGCUGAAAAAAGAAGACAACAAAGAGAAGAAGCGCAACGGUUGUAUAAGCAAAAGAAACUGGAAGCUUAUAAAAUACUGAGUAAGAAGACCAAAAAAGGACAGCCAAAUCUAAACUUGCAGAUAGAAUUUCUUCUUCAGAAAAUACAACAAAAGACAUAACUUUCUGCACACAUCUUAUGUUUUCAGUUAGCAAUCAGCUAAUUACAUGUUUUGAGUUACAUGUGGAUAGUUUAUUAAAUGACUUUUAUUAAAUAAUGUCUUUAUGUUUCUAUA